CACCGCGGAGCACAGGGGACUUUACCGACGGCACCGGUUCCGCUGUUUCACCGACUCUCUGGCCCGAGGAACACCGGGGCAGCCGCGGGACAAGUGACAGCCACCAUGUCAGGGUUAACACUGCAGAGUGGCAACCUGCAGGGUCUGGACGAGGGGGAUAUCCUGGACCCAGAGUUCCAGCAGCGCUUGGAAGAUGCUCGCACUCUGCUCCGGCAGAAGAUCCAGCGGGAGCUGAAGAUCAAGGAGGCCGCUGAGAGACUUCGGCGGGCCGUCACCAAUCGCAGGAACGCUGCCGAUGUGGAGGGCCAACUCCGAGCCUCGAGCCGCAAGCUGGAGGAGCUGCACUGGGAGCUGCAGGAGCUCAAUGCCAGGUCCAUGGCCACCGAGAAGGACUGCACCACAGGCUGCUUGGAGGACGAGGACAACCCAUCGGCAGAGUCGUGUCCGUGGGAAGAGGUCACGUCACCGGUGGCCAGUCGGGUCCGGACCCUGAAGAAACAGCUCACCAUGGAGACCAAAGUCAAACAGGGCGCUGAGAACAUGAUCCAGACCUGCAACAACAGCUCAGUCAAGGACAGGAAGAUGAUGACCUCCGCCCAGCAGAUGUUACAGGACAGUCGCACGAAGAUUGAGCUCCUGCGCAUGCAGAUUAUCAAAGUCAGUCAAGCCAGAGACGGAGAGCAGGAGAGCUUGCACGGUCAGCCUGUGGAGAUGAUCAGUCCUCUGGAGCUGCGGGUAGCUGACCUCGUGCACCACAUGAAGAUUGAAUCGGCAGUAGCAGAAGGAGCCAGAAAUGUGGUGAAGCAGCUGAGCGGGCUCAAGAUCCAGGACCGCCGCAUACUAGCAGAGGCUCAGGCCCGCAUGCAAGAGUCCUCUCAGAAGGUGGAUUUGUUGAGUCUGUCCCUGGAGAGGCGUUUCAGUGAGCUGCCUCGGGACCAUCCCAAACAUGCUGCCAUCAAGGAGGAGCUGUUGUUGGGAACGCCGCCUUCCUGCCGCAUACCAAGGAAACCGUCCUCUUCCUCCUCAUCUUCCUUCAAACCAGCAAGUCUAACAGGUCGGUUGGAGGUCUGUUUGAUGGGCUGCCAAGACCUGUUGGAGUUAGUUCCAGGCCGUGGUCGUGUGAACAGCAUCUCGGCCACCUCCGUCAGCCUCUCCGAUGGAAGGUCUGUGAAGGUGAGAGCCGGCCUAUCGGGACGCAGUGCCAGUGCCAAGACCCCCAAGGCUGAGGACCUCUCCUCGGAGAUCAGUGCUGUGCUGAAGGUGGACAACACAAUCGUGGGGCGCACACACUGGCGCCAGCUGGGCAAAGAGGCCUGGGGCCAGUGCUUCAGUAUUGAGCUGGAACGGUCCAGGGAGCUGGAAAUCGCUGUGUACUGGAGAGACUGGCGAGCCUUAAGUGGGGUGAAGUUCCUGCGGCUGGAGGACUUCCUGGAUAACCACCGACAUGGCAUGUGUCUCCAGCUGGAGCCACAGGGCCUCCUCUUCGUUGAGGUAAAAUUCAUCAAACCUGUCAUAGAGCGGCGCUCCAAACUCCAGAGGCAGAGGAGAAUUUUCACCAAAGAAAGAGGGAAGGACUUCCUGCGUGCUGCCCAGAUGAACAUGAACUUCGCCACAUGGGGCCGUUUGAUGAUGAGCAUCCUGCCUCCCUGCAGCUCCCUGGAGCCCAUGAGCCCUCCAUUAGCGGGCCCCAACACCACCCCCCCAUCCUCCAGCACUCCUCCAGCACGAGAACCUGCUGUGGUGAGUCUACAUUUCAAUGAGGAACAACCCGGCAGAUCUCCACGCCGCACAAUAAGGAGCCCCAAAGACUCUCCACCAAGUCCUGGGGAGAACAAGCAGCAUCCCUCACAUCCUCCUCCACACAGAGAUGAAGGCCUUCAGAUGGAAGACUUCACCUGCAUUUCAGUUCUGGGGAGAGGUCACUUUGGUAAGGUGCUGCUAGCAGAGAAUAAGAAGUCAGGCAAACUGUACGCCAUCAAAGCCCUGAAGAAAGGAGACAUCGUAACGCGUGACGAGGUCGACAGCCUCAUGUGUGAAAAGAGGAUCUUUGAAGUGAUCAACACCUCCCAGCACCCUUUCCUGGUGAACCUGUACGGCUGCUUCCAGACUGCAGACCACGUGUGCUUUGUGAUGGCCUACUCGCCCGGAGGAGACCUCAUGACCCACAUUCACACCAGCAUCUUCACUGAGGAGCAGGCCCGGUUCUAUUCGUCCUGCGUGCUGCUCGGCCUGGAGUUUCUCCACCAGAACCAGAUCGUGUACAGGGAUCUGAAGCUGGACAAUCUGCUGAUGGAUGCAGAUGGUUUUGUCAGGAUAGCAGACUUUGGCUUGUGCAAAGAAGGUAUGAGCCACGGCGACCGAACCACGACCUUCUGCGGCACGCCAGAGUUUCUGGCCCCGGAGGUGCUGACGGACAACACGUACACCCGCAGUGUGGACUGGUGGGGCCUGGGGGUCCUGGUCUACGAGAUGCUGGUGGGGGAGUCUCCUUUCCCAGGUGAUGAUGAGGAGGAGGUGUUUGACAGCAUCGUCAACGACGACGUGCGCUUCCCUCGCUUCCUUUCUCCUGAGUCGGUGUCCCUCAUCCAGAAGCUGCUGCAGAAGAAUCCUGAGAAGAGACUGGGAGGAGGCGAGGAAGAUGCCUCGGAGAUCAAAAGACACCGAUUCUUUAAGAGAAUGGACUGGGCCGCUCUCCUGGCCAAAGACCUGCCGCCUCCCUUCCUGCCGGUCAUCAGAGCGGAGAAGGACGUCAGUAACUUCGACGAGGAGUUCACCCGUCUCAAGCCGGUCUUCACCCCCCCACAGACCCCCUGCACCCUCACCGCCGAGCAGCAGGACAUCUUUGCCCACUUUGACUUCUCUUCCAUGAGUUGACUCCCUCACGCCUUGUGAAAGGCUGCUCCUCCUGCUCCUCGUCCUCCUUUGAAGGCUCCUGUUCAUGCUCAUCAAGCUGGAGGAUCAAUCACACUGUAUGAAAUAUGUCACCAGGGCAAUCGUUUUACAAAUGGACAUUGUUCAGAACUACACUGUAAAUAUUUGAUCUUAAUGAAGAAAAGCUUAUCUGAAGGCCAAAUUGUAUCUUCUGCUAUUUAUUAUAACCAUUAGACGUCAAUACAACUGCAUUAG